UGACGGAGGAAUAUGGGGCAGAGUCGUUGGACUUCUGGAUGUCCGUUGCAUACCUCAAGGCGCUCUCCGAGGUCGACAAAGUGACAAUCAUGCGCCGGAACGCCGCGUUCGCUUCAUGCCUACGUGAAUACGGUUCUCAGGAUUAUGAAGGCGUUAUUCAUGCCAUCAUCGUCCGUUUCAUACAACCGGGCGUCCCAGAAGAGAUUAAUAUUGACUCUGCCACCCGAGAGAAGAUCCUGGCAGCUCACAGGGAAGGAAUAUGUGACACAGAGACUUUCAGCCGUGCUCAACAGCAAUGCUACGACUUAAUGCUCACGAAUUCCCUACCGCGAUUCCUCAAACACGUCAGUAAGAACGUGGGCGCAGAUGAAAUUGCUGUACGCAUGGCCGGUGCAAUAUGUUUCGGUAUCGUAACUGUUGGUCUCAUCGUCACCGGAUUCGUGCUACCGCACUACCCCCGAGGCGCUCGCUGGGCUGUCCUAUUCCCAGCUGCGAUGACGCUGCUACUCGGUCAGGCCACUUUUUCCGGAUUUUGUCCCGUCUACGGCUUCGUACGACAAGCGCGAAUGGUUGGAAGAGGAUUUCCGGGCUUCGAAAAGCCCGGUUGUAGGACGUGCAUUGAAGAGAAGGCAAUCAGGUCGGCGCAUCUGCAUCGGGCGUUGCUAGCGACUACAUUGGCCGCCUUGUUUGGGAUACUGGUGGCCGCCAUCACCUUCGCGAUUCCCUUCACCCGCCGAUGACAAGGCCCCUCACCAUCAUCUAUCGAUACCAGUGGCUUCGCGGCCUCGGCCACGACCUGCUUUUCA